CCGAGCGGGCGCGGGCGGCGGGGGCGCGCGGCCCGGCUGGCGGCCGCAGGUGGGGCUGCUCGCGGCGAGGGACGCAGCCCGGGCCCCGCGGCCCCGCGGAGAGAGCCCAGGAUGCCGCGCGGGGACUCGGAGCAGGUGCGCUACUGCGCGCGCCUCUCCUACCUCUGGCUCAAGUUCUCGCUGAUCAUCUACUCCACGGUGUUCUGGCUGAUCGGAGCCCUGGUCCUGUCCGUGGGGAUCUACGCAGAGGUGGAACGGCAGAAAUAUAAAACCCUUGAAAGUGCCUUUCUGGCCCCAGCCAUCAUCCUCAUCCUCCUGGGAGUCAUCAUGUUCAUCGUCUCCUUCAUCGGCGUGCUGGCUUCCCUCCGUGACAACCUGUGCCUUCUCCAAGCGUUUAUGUACAUCCUUGGGAUUUGCCUCAUAAUUGAGCUCAUUGGUGGUGUGGUGGCCUUGAUCUUCCGGAACCAGACCAUCGACCUUCUAAAUGACAACAUUCGAAGAGGAAUCGAGAACUACUAUGAUGAUCUGGACUUCAAAAACAUCAUGGACUUUGUUCAGAAGGAGUUUAAGUGCUGUGGCGGGGAAGACUACAGGGAUUGGAGCAAAAACCAGUACCACGACUGCAACGCCCCCGGACCCCUGGCCUGCGGGGUGCCCUACACCUGCUGCGUCAGAAACACGACAGAAGUGAUCAACACCAUGUGCGGCUACAGAACUAUCGACAAGGAGCGCCUCAGUGUGCAGGACGUCAUCUACGUGCGGGGCUGCACCAACGCCGUGCUCAUCUGGUUCAUGGACAACUACACCAUCAUGGCAGGCCUCCUGCUGGGCAUCCUGCUCCCCCAGUUCCUGGGGGUGCUGCUGACAUUCCUGUACAUCACCCGGGUGGAGGACAUCAUCAUGGAGCACUCGGUCACCGACGGGCUCUUGGGGCCUGGCACCAAGCCCAGCGUGGAGGCGGCAGGCACAGGAUGCUGCAUGUGCUACCCCAACUAGCGCCCCCGUCUGGGCCAGCCGCUGGGCAGGACCGUGCCGCGACAGCACCACUCGGGCCACAUCACGGUGGCUGGACGGGACUGUGGGUCCUCUCCCCACACUGGGCACUGACGAGUUUGGGGGGCCUGCUCAGGCCUCCCGCGGCCACGGCCUCUCGGGGGAGCCAGGGCCCUCCCCGGGGCCGGGUCCUGCACCUGCCCGGCCUCCUGGGCGUGGGGAGCAAGGACGCCCCUUCAGCAGGCCUGGGGCCCCGGGAAGGGGGUGCCGAGCGCUCAGCUCAGGGCCCAUCUGGUUUCUGGCAGUGCCGUGGCCUGUGGUGUUUCGGCCCCCGUGAGGGCAAUCUUGUAGUAAAAAGUGAGCACGAAGGAGAGCACAUGUGGUGGCAGGUGUGUGGGCCCCAGGGUCCCUGGAGUCCCUCAGCCACGACCCAGAGGCCAGGUUGGGUGCAUUUCGCAGCCUCCCAGGGGCCUUGAGCCCUCCCCAAGGCUGCUGCUUUGCUGACCCCGUUUUUUACGUGAUUUUUGUAACAUUCAUUUUGUACACAGUUAACAGGAGUUUCUGACUAAUCAGAGCUGGGUGUUGCCCACACGCCCCACUCUUGCCCCUCCAAGCCCGUUUAUUAAUCAAACAAUAAAGACGUGAUU